AAUUCUUGACAUUAUAACUUUUUUUUCCUGAUAAUUAUGUACAAAUCUAACGAUUAUCGCGUUGUUAUUGGUAUUGAUUUCGGAACCACUUAUUCGGGUUUCGCGUACGCACAUAAAAAAAAUCCAAGCGAGAUUACUGUACACAUAGAUUGGCAAGAAUAUACCGGACGAUUUAAAACUCCAACAGCAUUAUCAUAUGAUGUAGAAUAUCAAAAUGUACAAUCAUGGGGAUUUCCAGCAUUAGCAAAGAGACCAAAAAGAAGGAAAGAAUCUGAAAGAAAACCCGUUGAAUUAUUUAAAUUACACUUAGGAAAAAUGAAAGAUAAACCUGCUUUACCAGAAGGUUUUGAUUAUAAAAAAGCCAUAACUGAUUAUUUUCGUGAAUUGGGUAAAGUUAUAAAAAAAAGUAUAGCCGAAAAAUGGGAUAUUAAUUUUUUUACUCAAACUUUAAUUGUUUUAACGAUUCCUGCUGAAUUUGAUGAUAAGGCAAUGACUAUUAUGAGAGAAUGCGUUCAUAGUGCAGGAUUAUUAAGGGACAGAUAUAGUCGAAAUUUGAAAUUUACAACAGAGCCCGAAGCUGCCGCGGUUCAUUGUAUGAAAUCACUAAUAGAACACAAUUUGCCGAUUGGUGCUUCAUUUAUGGUAGUUGACUGCGGUGGUGGUACAGUAGAUUUGACAACAAGACAGCUUUUGGAUGGUGAAAGGUUAAGCGAAAUUACAGUAAGAAAUGGAGAUUAUUGUGGUGGUAGCUAUGUAGAUCAAGAAUUUCUUAGAUUUCUAGAACGUAGAGUCGGAACAAAUGCAAUUAAACUUGUUAAAGAGAAUCAUUAUGGUCAACUUCAAUUUAUGGUACAAGAAUUUGUUAGAAUGGUUAAAAUGAAAUUUACUGGAGACCCGUCAGAAUUUGAGACUUUCGAUUUGGAAUUAGACGAAAUGUGUCCCAUUUUAAAACAAUAUUGUAGGGGAGAUUAUCUUAUUCAUAUGGAAGAUGACGAAUGGAGUGUUAAAUUAAGAUUUAAAGAUGUCAAAGCAAUGUUCGAUCCCAUUAUAGAUAAGAUUUUGAGACUAAUUCAUGAGCAAUUACGUAUGAAUAAAAAUUGUUCCGCUUUAAUAUUGGUCGGUGGAUUUAGCGAAUCAAAAUAUUUACAAUCAAGAAUUAAAAAAGAAUUUAGUUCAAAAAUUAAACUUAUUUCUAUACCACCUCAACCUGUUACCUCAAUAAUUAAAGGAGCCGUUCAAUAUGGAUUGAGAGAAGAAGUCGUUUUUUCGCGCGUUUUGAAAUGGACUUAUGGAACUGAUAUUACACGUAGAUGGCGACAAGGUGAUCCAUUAAACAGAAGACGUCCAGACGAUAGGAUCGUUGUAUUUGAGAAAUUAGCAGAACGGGGUAAACAAAUGCCCGUUGAUGCGAAAGUAACUAGAACGUUUCAUCCUUUUCAUCGACAACAGGUUAAAAUGGGUUUGGAUUUAUUCGUUACAACACAAGAAAAUACUAAAUUUUGUGAUGAACCUACCUCUAAAUUACUUGGUAAAUUUUCGGUUGAUUUACCUCCUAAUGGAGACCGUUCUGUAUUAUAUGAAAUGGUUUUUGGUGCUGUUGAAAUUGAGGUUAAUGCUCGUAACUCAAAUCGUGAAUUUAAACCUCAGAGAUAUGAUUUAGACUUGUGAAAUAUUAAUUAUUUAUAUUUGUAAUUUUUAUAAAUAAAUAUUUUUGUAUAAAUAAAAUUUAACUAUUGUACUAUAAGGAGAUAUUACGAUAUUAUAUUUACAUAUAGGGGAAAGUGACACUGAAG